AUGGGGCGGAGGAGGAAGACGCUGCACGACUACGCGGCCGAGUUCUCGGAGCUGUCGGUGCGGCGGGAGCCGGCGGGGCCGGGCCCGGGCCCGGCGGGCGCCGUGGAGACGCUGUUGUGCACGCCGUGCCAGCUGCCGCUGAGGGUGCGCCGGGACCGCAUCCUGGAGCACCUCAGCUCGGGCCGCCACUGCCGCAACCGCCGCCUGCUCCGGCAGCUGGGGCUGCGCGCCCCGGGGCUCCGCUCUGCAGAUCCCGACUCCAGCCUCAGCCUGAGCCUGCCCCUGCCACUCGACGUGCCCUCCCUGCUCUCCCAUCCAUCCUUCCUCAUCACCACUGGAUCCAGCACUGGCUACAGCAUGAUCCCCUCUCCACCAUCCUACAACAAACUCCUGCUUCCCCACCACCCCAUCCCCGCCACACACAGGCAUGACCCAACACCCUCCACCUCUGCCAGCCACCCCUCACCGCUGGCCACCUCCUACACCAGGAUUGCACCUCUUGGCCAAAGUGGGCCCGCGCCUGAUGCCUCCAACAGCCUGACACCCUCCUCAUGUCACGGUUGCAGCGGCGUCGGCCUCGUGCUCUUUGGCGCAGAGCUUGUGAGCACAGCCUUGUUGCAAACCCUGCUGGAAGAAGCUGGCUGCUGCCUGCUCUACGUGGUGGAGGAUCAGCUGGAGGAGGUGGAACGAGCCUUUGGUGCCAAGGUCCCGGCUGGCACCAGGGUGCUGCGGCAGCAGGAGGCCACCAUCGCACUCAGUGAUCCACGAGUUUCUGGAGCCAUUAUUUGUUCCCCACCUGACAAAGCCCCUGAGAUGGUAAGAGAUGCCUUACGAGCAGGCAAAGGUGUGUUCUGUGAGGGGCUGCCCAGCUUGGACAGACAGACAGCAGAAGCCUGUUUUGAUGAGGCCGACAGGUGUGGGAGGCCACUCGUGUGUGGGUUCUACAAGCGCUUUGACCCAGCCCUGCAGUUCCUGUACAAGAAGGUUCGGGACAGCCGGGCCCUGGGCAGGAUCCACAGGAUAUCAACCAUCAGCAGCCUCUAUCCUGCAGCCUCUCUGAGCCUGCUGAAAGCCUCAGGUGGAAUUUUUUACAAUGCUGCUGUGCAUGACAUAGAUAUUAUCAGUUUACUGUUGGGAGAGAGUGUGCCAGAUACAAUAUUUUCCCUGGGCCAUGCCUUCUGUGCAGACAUGGGCUGCCUGAGGGAUGUGGACAUGGUCACCAUCAGCAUGAAGUUCCCCAGCGGAGCCAUUGUCACCCUGGACAUCAGCCAGCACUGCACCAGGAGCUGUGACCAGCGGCUGGAGGUUCAUGGGUCUGAGGGGACCUUAAGGGUGGACAACCAGAACCCCCUGGGCAUCACAGAGCAUGGGACUUCUGUGUCCAUCUGUCCCCAAACCCAAGCUGAGCGCUACAGAGAUGCCUACAGGGAGCUCUUCAGGCACUUCCUGAGAACCCUGAAAGGCCAGGAGCCCCCCGUGGUCACCAAGGAGCAGUUCCUCUGGACCAUCCAGGUUGCUGCAGCAGCCGAGCAGUCCUGGAGGAGCAGAUCUGCUGUGGACUUGCACAGCAGUGCCACGGAUCCACCUGGGGUCAAGGCUGAGCUCGUGUGACAGCCACUCCCACCCUGUGGCCUCAACAGAAGCCUGGAUGGUGGUUUUGGUGUUCCCACUGGGUAUGCCCAAGCAGACAGAGGCACUUCUGGACCAGGAGCACUUGGUGCUGGGGUAGGGCAGAGUUCUACUGUGUCAGCCAGAGCCUACAAGAAAUUCUGUGUGGUUUCAUCCGGGUGGCUACAGAGCUCUGUUUUCCUGGGAGAAGAGGGAUGCUCCUUGGGCCAGGCAGGGUAGUGUAAUACCACCAGUAGCUGGGAUGAGAGAGAAGUCUCCCCUUGGAGAAAGAACAGCCACUGCCUGCCUGGAGGAGUAGUCACAAGCAGGUGCCUUCCCAGCAGUGCCACAAGGGAGGUCAUUUAAUGCUCAAAAAAACACAGGAGCAUCUGUGAGAUAUGUUUAGAGUGUAUCUAUGGAAGAGAUUCUUCCCUUUGAGGGUGAUGAGGGGCUGGAAUGGAUUUCUCAGAGCAGCUGUGGCUGCCCCAUCUCUGGAAGUGUUCAAGGCCAGCCUGGACAGGGCUUGGAGCACCCUGGGAUAGUGGAAGGUGUUGGGGUGGAAUGGGAUGAGCUUUAAGGUUCCUUCCAAACAAACCAGUCUGGGUUCCAUGAUCCUGUUUGGGAUGCAGAA